GAGCCACAAACGUUUCCACAUGUAGUAGUAGUGCUAAAGUAAAAAUUGCCAUUUCUGUUGCACUCCCGAGCACACUCAGGCAGUCAGUCGUGCUAUUUCAGAACCAUAGCGUAGCAUUAGCGCACUGUGUGCUAUGUGUUUGUGCAAUAAUAUUGCGGGCGCCGUAUCAGUUUUAUGUGUGGCUUCUUUUUAAUGGCUUGCCGCUUUUAUAUUUCCCGACUGUUAUUGUCUGUCGUUGAUGUUUGUACAUAUUGGCACACACAACCACAAAUCAACCAUUUGCUGGCGCAACAAAAUUCGUGUUAACGCAUGUUUGUAUUUAUACCGUACAUAAAUACAUACAUAUAUGCAUAAAUACAUAUGCAACUUGAUUUGUACUGCCGUGGCAUCAUACAGCUACAGAGAUGAAUCCACGCGGUUCAUUAAACCGCAAGCUCUUCCUCUAAGUUAAUCGCAAGACUAAAUAAUAUUAGUAACAUGAUAAUGAAAGUGGAUUGCACUAAAAGCAAAGGACACAGAAGACAGUUUCAACACUGUACAUAAACAGCCCCCACACACACCUGGUAGACAAACAUAGACACACACACACACAUCCACCGUGUGGCACUGGGUGAGGGACGAAGGACAAAGCAUUUUAUGACCAAAGAUGGGCGAAUCAUAUUACCGUGUGGGGCAUACUAGUGUAUAUAGUACAUGGUACUAAAACUAACCUCAAGGCAAACAAGUCUCAUGCAUGUGGCAUGACUGGAAGACCGUAUCUAUUUAGCGAGUUGUGUGUGGAGCAGCAAUUAAGACAGACCGUGCCGGAGACCAAUGACAAUAGGAUAGGUGCGCCUCGUCGACCUGUUAGUGUGUCCUAGUACAAAAGCCGUGGUGUUUCAGGUUACACAACACGACAAGACAACAAGAGAGCAACACGGCAAUACGGCAAUACGGCAAUUCGGCAGCCCAACGCCAAGGUCCGAGGUAAACGCCUGUCCGAGCACAGCCACAUCCAAGUGAUAGUGCCAUUGCCAACAUGUUGCGCAGUUGUGUGUGCAUGCAAGGUGCAGGUGGCGGCAAGCGACGGAGCUCCUCGGUGGAAGACGCCUCGUCGUGUCGCUCGUCGGAAAUAGAGCGUGUCGGUGCCAGCAUGCAGACGACCACACUGGGUUCCAAUGGCCAGCCACAAACGCUGGCUCCCCAAACAACUGCGCGUGCAUCCAGUCUGCUGCAAUUGUUUCAAAGAAAAGGUUGGUGCAAGCACUUCCGCAAACCCCUUCGAGGCAUGAGUGCAACGAGAGCUGAGAAAACAAUCAGAGCGGCAAUAUUUAUUCAAAAAUGGUAUCGACGACAUCAAGCACGACAGGAAAUGCGGAAACGCUGUAAUUGGCAAAUAUUUCAAAAUGUGGAGUAUGCCAGUGAACAGGACCAGGCUGAGCUAUACAAAUUCUUUAAUGACCUUAUUAAACAUAUGCCGCAGGCUGUUGAGGCUGGGAACAAGUGUCAAACAUCACAACAAAGUUCUGCUGUGGAUAAAAAUUCACUUUUGAUUGAAGAAACUGGCGAUUUUGCGCGCUUACAAAUUGAAGUACCCAUUCAGAAAAGUGACAUUGACGCCCUGAUUGAUGUAUUCCGUAAAAAGAGGGGAAGCCGCUUACAUCCAAAAUAUGUGGCUCUGAUAUUGCGCGAAGCAGCCAAAUCUCUGAAACAGAUGCCAAAUCUAUGGCCAGUAUCCACAGCUGUAUCCCAGCAAGUGACUAUAUGUGGAGAUCUGCAUGGCAAACUGGACGAUUUGCUUGUUGUGCUCUACAAGAAUGGACUACCAUCCGCCAGUAAUCCAUAUGUCUUCAAUGGUGACUUCGUGGACAGAGGAAAGAGGGGUUUGGAGGUGUUUUUGCUGCUAUUGUCCCUGUAUUUGGCAUUUCCAAAUUCUGUGUUCUUGAAUCGCGGCAAUCACGAGGAUAGCGUCAUGAAUGCCCGAUACGGCUUUAUUCGUGAGGUAGAGGGAAAAUACCCACGCAAUCACAAGCGUUUGCUAAUGCUAAUUGAUGAGGUUUAUCGCUGGCUUCCAUUGGGCUCCAUUUUAAAUAACCGAGUGCUAAUUGUGCAUGGUGGUUUCUCGGAUAAUACGAACCUAGACCUAAUUAAAAGCAUUGACAGGGGAAAGUACGUAUCCAUACUGCGGCCACCUCUUACUGAUGGCGAGGCUCUGGACAAGGGAGAGUGGCAACAGAUCUUUGAUAUCAUGUGGAGCGAUCCGCAGGCUACGCAAGGCUGUAAGCCAAACCAGCUGCGAGGCGCUGGUGUUUGGUUUGGUCCUGAUAUAACCGAAUUAUUCUUGAAACGUCAUCGAUUAAGUUACGUAAUACGUUCGCACGAAUGCAAGCCGAAUGGACACGAGUUUAUGCAUGAUAAUAAGGUUAUCACCAUAUUCUCUGCCUCGAAUUACUAUGCCAUGGGUUCGAAUAAAGGCGCCUAUAUGCGUUUAAAUAAUCAGCUUGUGCCGCACUUUGUCCAAUACAUCUCGGCUGCCUCGCAGACCAAGGAGCUCUCGUUCAAGCAGCGCAUGGGAAUUGUGGAGUGUGCAGCACUCAAGGAACUUGCUGUGCGGAUGCGUGAGCAUCGGGAUGAGCUGGAGGCGGAGUUCAAGAAAUGCGAUCCUGACAACACCGGCUGCAUAACCAGCUCAAAGUGGUGUUUCGUCAUGGAGAAUGUGACCAAGUUGGGUCUGCCCUGGCGAUUGCUACGUGACAAACUGGCACCGGGCACCGAUAGCCAGAAUGUGAACUAUGGCAGAACAUUGGAUCUCCUGGACACAGACGUAAUUAUGGAAGCUGAGGCAGAUGGAACGUCAGUUAUGGACGCGUUGUAUGCCAAUAAAGCUAGCUUGGAAACAAUAUUCAAUAUUAUCGAUGCCGAUCACUCAGGAGAGAUAACCCUAGAUGAAUUCGAGAAGGCAAUUGACCUGCUGGUCACUCACAUGCCGAGUGUUUAUUCAAAGGAUGAAAUGUUGGAGAAAUGCCGUAUGAUGGAUCUCAAUGGGGAUGGCAAGGUGGAUCUGAAUGAGUUCUUAGAGGCGUUUAGGUUAAGUGACUUGCAUAGAAAGGAACAACAAGAGGAGUAUUUACGUAAGCGUUCCACAACCAAAGCAACAAUGUAUCAGAGACCCUCAGAUUCCGUGCAAAGGUUGGCGAAUACCAUAUCGAAGAAUACUAUGGUUAUUGAGGGCGAUAUAGAUCCGACGGACUGUGAGUCCAAAAUUGUUGGACAAAAGUCAUAAUUAUUACCAUUUAAAUUAGUACAAUACAUAUGCAAUUAUUUUUCAAAAUGAUAAGCUGUCAGACCUAACAUAAUGACAUUAAAAUACUAGUAGAGUUAA